CCCGGCCUUGCCUGAAGCCCUGCUGCAUGGCAAUAGAGAUGACUGUAGAAGAAAAGCUGUAGAUGAGGGGCCAGAGCAUCCGGCCCGACUUCCUCCCGGCGCACAGCAAAGAGAACGGCGUCGCGGUGCCGACAAGGAGCAUCCAGCAGGCCCUCGCCAGAUGCGCCCAGAGCGGCGUGGCCAGCCUCAGCCAGCGGGGGCUGCGGGAGCUGCCCAUGGAGCUCUUCGACUUGAGCAAGGCGCAGAUCGAGGGCGUCAACUGGUGGGAAUGCAACGCGCUGACCAAGAUGGACAUAUCCUACAAUGAGAUCUCGGCCAUCCCUGAGGUACGCAAUGAAGAAAAUAAAGAAAUGCCGUUGUAGUCUCAUGUUAAUUGCUGAGGGUCGGUGAUGUUGAUGUUGAUGUGGUCAUGCAGGCUGUGUCGAGCCUUGAAGACCUCUCUGUGGUGAUCGGCAUGCACAACCGGUUCGACGCCCUCCCUGAGGCGCUGUUCAAGCUCCCGAGCCUCAAGUGCCUCCACUUCGCUCACAACAGACUCACAUCGCUUCCCGGCAGCAUGGCCAACUGCACGUCCCUGGUGGACCUCGACUUCUCCUGCAACAGCCUGUCUACGAUGCCUUGUGUGGCGAAGCUGACAAACCUGGAGUCGCUCCAGCUGGAUGGGAACGACCUCACGGUGAAACACGCAUUCAUUGCAUAUCAGAUGGUGAACUGAUUGAUGUGACGAGUGGGCGGCGAGGCGAUGUGUGUUGGGUGGGUGCAGAUGCUGCCUGAUGGGACUGAGCAUCUGGCCAGGCUGAGCAAGCUGAGCGUGUCCAAGAACCAGCUGGAGAGUCUGCCCGACGGCAUCGGCGACCUGGGCCACCUCAGGGAGCUCAACGUCCACGCCAACAAAGUCGCGGCGCUGCCCUCCUCGAUCACCAAACUCCACAGCCUCGUCCUCAUGGACGUCAGUGGUCGGUCAGCCAUUCAACAGCCAUGCCGUCACCUUGUUGAUGUGCUGUGCUGUGUGGUGUGGUGCCAUGCAGAGAAUCGGCUGACGGCGUUGGAUCACCUGCCGAGGUCGGAACACCUGGACAGCAUCUGUGCGGCCGACAACCACAUCAGGACGAUGGACGGUUCACAGCUGGAGCACACGCCCAAUCUGACUGUCCUGGACCUCAAGGGCAACCACCUGAAGCGACUCGACGAGGGAGUGGGGCACCUGACGGUGAGUGAGACUGACUGUGAUGCGGCAUGUGUGUGUGUGUGCGGCAAUGCUGAAUAAUUUAUGCCGGAUCGUCGUUCGUGUCUGCAGCGGCUCAAGACGCUGGACCUGACGAACAACGCCCUCCCAAACCUGCCGAAGUGAGAAUGGCUGGAUGGAUGGCUGGAUGGAUGGAUGCCAUCGUCGUCCUCUUGGUGUCGCGUGCUUGGUGUGGUGUGUCCAGUGCGCUUGGGUCGUUGGAGAGCCUGACUCGUCUGCUGAUCGACGGCAACAUCAUCCGCUGCAUCAGGCCAGAGGUGCUCAAGGGGCCCGUGCUGGGACUCAAGAAAUACCUGAGAGGGCGGUCGGAGUCAUCAGGUGAUCCCAGCCAUCCGUCCGUCCAUCCAUCCAUCCAUCCACUGCCGCAUUCUGUCGUCAUCGUGUGUGUAUGUGUGUGCAGGUUUGGAUGUGCCGAACGGUGCCUCUGGUGCUGGUGCUGACACAGAGCAGGAUGACGCCAUGGCUACGCGCAUCCGGACAGCCAGGGCAACGCGCGAACUCAACCUCAGCAAAAUGGUGGGCACCGCACCCAAUGGCACAGUAGUGGAUGGAGGCUUUGCAUCUGACGAUUGCACGUGUUCGUGUGGAUAUGUGCGUGUGUGUGUUGUGUGUGUGUGUGUGGUGUGCAGAUGAGUGAGAGGAACAGGGUGGAGCUGUGGCGUUUGUCGACCUCCAUCGAGGACCUCGAGGCCUUCACGGUGUCUGACAACGGCAUAGCCGAGCUGCCCGAGGCCAUCAGCCGAUGGGACAGGCUGCAGAAGCUCAUCGCCGACCACAACAAGGUCAGGCAGUCACCCAUACAGACAACACGCAUCUCAUCCUCAUCUCGGUGUGUCGUGUGUGUGGUCUCAGUUGACGGCCCUCCCUCCAGCCCUAUGGCAUCUGUCGUCGUUGAGGGAGCUGGAUGUGUCCUACAACACCAUCAGAAGCAUCGCCCCGCCCACAGCCACCAUGCGGCACCUGGCGCACGUCAACCUCUCCUGCAACCAGCUGGCGGCUUUCCCUGCAGACCUCAUCGACGCCGCACCGAAGCUGCAAGUAAGUGGGACGGCCGGCUGAUGGAUGGAUGAUGGAUGUGCGGGACCUUUGUGGUGGUGCUGUGCUGUCUGUAGGAGCUGCGUGUCGCAUACAAUCAGAUAGCGUCCGUUGCGGAGGGGCCGGCUGAGGCCUACACGCCACAUAGAGCACUAGGUGGGAAGGGGAUGGCGGCAAUAUGCACACAAGGGGCACCCCUGCACACUUCGCGUGUGUGUAUGUGUGUGUGUGUGUGUGUCAGAGACGUUGGAUCUGACGAACAAUCGCAUCACGGCGUGCGGGGAGGGGCUCAUGGUGGCUUUUCCCAAGAUGCGCACUCUCAUCCUCGCCAACAACGGUGCGCACCUUCCCCUUCAUCGCAACAUGACUGCGCCCUCUCUCUCAUCUCAUAUGUUGUCUGUGUGCGUCACUCAGACCUCCGCGGCAUCCCUUUCGCAUGGGGCCUCUGGGAGGUACACACACUCUCAACAGCUGCCCUGAUGCCCCAUGCAUUCUCCCUCCCUGUCUGUCUGUUCAGUCCUUACAAGCGUUGUCUCUCGACGGCAACCCGUUGAAGGCCCUCAGAUCCUCCGUCCUCCACAGAGGUAGGUAGGGUAGGCAGCAACCAUGCCGACGACACAAAGAGAGAUCUCCGUCUUCCUCUCUUUCUCCAUCAACUCAGGCACCAUUGCCGUCAAGGACUAUCUGGCGUCGCGUCUUCCGGAAGGAUACACCAUCCCCACACCCAAGCAACCAGACCAGCCUCAGAGCCCAACGCCGCACCCCGCUGCUGCCGGUGGUGCGACGGCCGCUGCAGCGGGUAGCCCUCCGAGGCGCCAUGACCCCCAUGACGUGGCGCGUGUAGAGGCCUUGGAGAAGAAGAUACGCGACCUGGAGGUGUGAUUGGGGUGAUGAUGUGGAGGGGAGCUGGGACGAAUUCCAGGCUGUUUGGUGUGUGUUGUGUGCAGGAUGAGGUAGCUAAUCCUGUGGGGCUGACGGGGGCCGAGCAGAGGGCACUCAAGAAGGUGCGGAUGUCAGCACUCACUCAAGAGAGAGGGAAGCGGACAAGUGGAAGUGUCUGUGUGUGUCUGCAGGAGUUGGACGAUGCUCGUGCAGAGUUGGCGGAUUUGCAGAAGUACAUGGUGUAGCUCGGCCAGGCUAGAGACGGAUGCACAGGGGCAGCAACAGCAGCAGCAGCCGUAUCUGUCUGUAUGUGCAUACGCACGUCACGUUCGUCUGACCAUGUGCGCCUGUGUGCACGCGCUGUGUGUAUAUAUAUCGGUUGUGUGUGGAUACACAGAAGCAGCUGACACUUGCAUGCUGAUUGACAGUCCGGAUGGAUGGGCGAACGACGAAUCCAUGGCGACGAAUGUCAGUCCGCC